AUGAUGAGGAUGAGUAGGUUAAAGCAAAGUGAAUCAACCAGUUACUGUGGGCUCCUCGCCGUGAUCUUGCUCACGUUAGUGAAUUUUGCGAAUAUUGAAGCGGUCAUCCCGUUCCUAAGGAGCUAUACCUAUCCGAAAAAUCAACCAAACCCGUCACAAUAUGGACAUAAUAGACCGAGUAUAUGGAUGACCAAGUAUCCUACUCCGUUACAUCAAAUUCCCGCCUCAGAUCAACCAUCGGACACGGUCUUGUUUGGAGCCGGAUCUUCUUUGGAAGAGAUGUCUGAUGCCGCCAUGCCUCGGGAUUCUCUAUCACCUGCCCUGAAUGCGGUUGAUCCGGGUACCUAUUAUGCGGAUUGGCAUCAGAUGCUUCAUGGACAAGGUACACACAGAUGUUUGCCGAUUCCGGCCAAUAUGUCACUUUGUCAGAAUGUUGGCUAUAGACGCAUGGUGCUCCCAAAUUAUCUGCAACACGAAGAGCUCAAAGAAGCCGUCGAUCAAUCUCAGGUUUGGGUCAGUCUGGCACACACCGAAUGUCAUCCGGACUUGACCAAGUUCCUGUGUGCCUUGUAUGCACCAGUUUGUGUGGAGGAGUUUCCAGAGCAGUUGAUUCAUCCAUGCAGUGACCUGUGUGAGGAUGUACGGCAGAGUUGUUUACCCAAAAUGCUACAGUUUGGGUUUGGUUGGCCGGAAAUUGUCAAGUGCUCCCGAUUUCCAGCUAGUUCGACAAAGAUGUGUGUGCCACUGACUGCAAAAAAACGUGAGUGUUUUGGAUUUACAAUGGGAUUCCUACUUGCUCAUAUACAUGUAGACAUUUUCAUAACUCAGAAUGAAUUGUAA